AUGAGAAAAACCACACCCGAGGGCUACAUAGAAAUCCUGCCCAAUCGGCUGUACUGGACCGCGGUGAAUUCCACGCCGAGACCGACCUCGCAGUACCACUUUUUCUGCAUCGACCAGGACUUGGUUUACGAGCCCUUCAACCAGGAUUUUGGCCCGCUGAACCUCUCCUGCACCUAUAAAUUCGCCCGCUUGGUGAAUAAACUGCUGGACGACCCGAGUUUGUCGAAGAAGAAGCUCGUCCACUACUGCAGCCUCUCGGAAAAAAAGCGGCCGAACGCGGCGUACCUGAUGUGCUGCUUUCAGGUGAUGUACCUGAACAAUCCCGCGGAACUAGCCUACAGGCCGUUUGAGAACAUCCGACCCCAGUUUCAGCCCUUCCGGGACGCGACGGCCGGCAUGUGCAACUACGCGUGCACGGUGCUGGACUGCGUCAAGGGGUUGGAGUACGCCAUGAAAAUAAACUGGUUUAACCCGGAGACGUUCAACGUGCAGGCGUACGAUUACUACGAAAAGGUGGACAACGGCGACAUCUCCUGGGUUAUGCAUUGCAAACAUGUCUGGGUCUGGAAGGUUGCAACUUGUAAUGCUGUCUCUGCAUUUUAGGAAAAUCUGUAUUGCAUGAUCAGCAAGAGGGGUCCAGUUUGUGCUUCAUGGAGAGGGCAUUUAUCAUGCGGAAUAUGCAUUAGGAAGCCCUCCAAAAAUCUGUGAUGCUAGGUGAUGCAUUACAGGCAUCGUGGGCCAUGAAAAAUCUGCAUGACAACUCUCGCAAUCUUCCAGACCCAGACAUUUUUGCAUUUCACAUGGGUGAUCCCGGAGAAAUUUCUCGCGUUUUCCGGGCCCAGCGGGAACGGUAUUGACACCUACGGCUACCCCGCCUUCACCCCCGAGGACUACGUGCCGAUCUUCCGCAAUGCGAACGUGUCCACCGUGGUGCGGCUGAACAAGGAUCAGUACGAUGCGGCGAGGUUCACGAUGAACGGCAUCAAGCACGUAGACAUGUUUUUCCCGGACGGGAGCUGUCCGCCGAGGGACAUUGUCAACCGGUUUCUGCGCUUGGCGGAAUCUGAACCUGCUGCGUUAGCGGUGCACUGCAAAGCGGGUCUGGGGCGGACGGGCACUUUGAUCGGGCUGUAUGCGCAGAAGCACUACAAAUUUCCGGGCCGGGCCUACAUCGGGUGGAACCGGAUCGCGCGUCCGGGCGCGAUCCUCGGACCACAGCAGCAGUAUUUGUGCGAUAUGGAAAGGGAAAUGAUUGCUCUGGGCGAGCAGGAGCGCGCGACGAAGGGACUG